AGACAAUCCGACUGCUAGGCCGCGACCCUCGAAGGGAGACCGGCUCAUGGUGGAAAAGUUUCAUGAGUAGUUGCAAGCGGGACAAUCACUUCGGAUUUCGUUUCGGAUUGAGCUCGGUCCGGACACAUUCUCAGCUGGGCGCAUCCGACCGCAGAGCGCAUCCUCCCACCCCACUCGUCUAGAAACGCACACUAAGACAAGCAAGCCCGUUUAGAAAAUGGCAUCCGGAGUAUCUGUUUCGACCGAGUCUAAACAAGUUUACGACGACGUCAAGAAAAACAAACUCCAUCGGUACGUCAUAUACUGCAUCAAGGAUGAAAGGGAGAUCGGCGUCGAGAUCAAAGGAGAUCGAAACGCGUCGUACCAGGACUUCUUGACACAAAUGAAAGAGCUCAAAGACCAGUGCAGGUAUUGCUUGUUCGAUUUUCCCGCCGAAGCUCCCCAAGAAGGAACCAACGAGCCCUCGAAGAUUGCGCUCGAUCGUCUCGUGCUGAUGACCUGGUGUCCGGAAGGUGCGCGCGUAAAACAGAAGAUGUUAUACGCCUCCUCGUACGACGCGCUGAAGAAAUCGCUUGUCGGAGUGUACAAAUACGUGCAAGCGUGCGAUUUUGAGGAGUUGUCGCAGGAGGCCAUCGAAGAAGCACUGAAGAAAAAGUGAUGCAAGCUCUUGUCAAAGCGUCCAGUCAUCCUUAAACGGAACAGCAAACGUACAAGCCCACCAAUCGAGUGUCUCUGAUACCGUUGGCAGCGUGAGGAAAGCAUCCAACGUCGAGAGAUUCAAAAACGUGGUGGCGAUAACUUAAGGUUGUUCGAAAAAAGAAGACGGAGUCGUACUACUCAAGAUUGAUAUCGCCCAUUAGACAUCAAAUACCAAUAAACAGAGAUGGUUGAACGUGUCUCUUGAAG